AUGAACUCUGACGUUGAUCCUCUAUACACAAGAUUGUAUCACAAAUACUCAAUGAAGUACAGAAGGAUCAUAGAUAAGUAAUAUUUUGAUUCUCCAAUUUUUAGGUUGAUUUUGCACCCAGGAAAAAGAUGGUUUCUUUGUGCUUUUUUCCUCCUUGUCUAUUUUAAUAGACUUAUUGAAACACAAAGUUAUUUUGUUGUAUCCUAUAUGUUGGGAAUUCAAAUAAUUUAAUCCUUGUUGAGAUAUUUUACGCCAUUAGGACUUCCAGAUAUAGAAGAUGAAGAUGAAGAUGUCAAUAUCUAACUCCCACAACAUAAUGAUGAUAGACCUCUAAUUAGAUCGAUGCCUGAAAUUUCAUUAUGGGAAUAAAUUAUUUUUGCCCUGAUCCUGUCGAAUUUUGCAACAUUCUUUUAAAUAUUUGAUCUUCCUGUUUAUUGGCCUUUUUUAUUUAGCUAUUUCAUUUUAGUUAUAAUCAUAACUUUUAAAAAAUAUCUCAAACACAUGUAGAAAUAUGGAUAUAGUUGGGGAGAUUUCUCAAAGAGAUGA